GUCGCGUCUGGGGCGACGGGCCAAGCGAUUCACGCGUGCCAGGUGAGACCCUGGUCCACGGGUGCCUCGUCAUAGCCAUCGACGCUAGUGGGCCCGACAGGCAUGUUUGGACAAACAUCCAUCCUGCUGUCACCCAGCAACUUUACAAUUGCGCCUGACUACGAGUAUAGAGCCAGCAACUUACACUCUAGCUACAUUAGCUACAAAGCUCAAUCAAAACUCUCCACAACCGUCAACAGCUGCCAAUAUCGCAUAGCGGGGUCCAUCCCACUUCCUCACGCGCCACACAUCUGCUCAGCCUUCACACAUAACCACCGCUACUAUGGGCGCUAAAGUUCCGCGCAACUUCCGCCUGCUGGAGGAGCUUGAGAAGGGCGAGAAAGGUCUCGGUGCCGAGGCCUGUUCAUAUGGUCUUGACAAUGGCGACGACCUGCUGAUGUCCGACUGGAACGGCACUAUCCUCGGCCCACCACACAGCGUCCACGAGAACCGCAUUUACAGCGUAUCGAUCCACUGCGGCCCUGACUACCCUGACACUCCUCCGGAGAUCAAGUUCACAACCAAGAUCAACCUACCCUGCGUCAACCCUCAGAAUGGAAAGGUCGAUGGGUCGAAGUUGCCAUGUCUGGCUCAAUGGAAGCGCGAUUUCACCAUGGAGACGAUACUGAUAGAGCUUCGAAGGUAUAUGGCGCUGCCUCAGAACAAGAAGCUUCCACAGCCACCCGAAGGCGCGAUGUUCUAAAGGAAUCGCGGACAGCCUGACCAGAAAGGAAAUUUUGGUCAUGAUUAAUAUGGGCACAGGAUAUGAUGCAUGAAGGACAUGAAUGCGCAUGGAACGGAGUUAUGUUCUGCUAGCGUAGCCAUACAGUCUGGCAAGAAUCCAGGAUUAUCAACAACAUAUUUUACUCCAUCUUGAUCCUUUGUCGGGCUUGCAGAGUCUUUGAGGAAGCUUUGGCGGCAAGUCGUUGAAGUGUGCUCCUAGACUGGCAAACAUCGAGGACGUCC